AUGAAGGUCCAGAGCCCUAACUCAGGAGAAACCAGUACACGACGACAUCCCAACCCGUUUGCGAACCGCCUGGCUGCUAUCUCCGGAGGUGGCAUUCCGGGGACCGAAUCCGUAAUGCUUCCUGGAUAUUCUUCAACUGAUGACCUUAAAGCUCUGGGUACAGAGCAUCAUAAAACGAGGAUCGUGUAG